GUGUAUGUUACAGGGGUGGGGUGGCGAGCGAGCGGUCUCCUCCUCCGGCUCGUGCUGCGGUGGCCUCCCGCGAGUCCGGCGGGAGGGGAAGCGGGCGUGGACUUGUCUCGACGCUCUAAAAAUCCAGAUGGCAAAUUCUAUGAAUGGCAGAAACCCUGGUGGUCGAGCAGGAAACCCCAGAAAGGGCCGAAUUUUGGGUAUUAUUGAUGCCAUUCAGGAUGCAGUUGGCCCCCCCAAACAAGCUGCAGCUGAUCGAAAAACUGUGGAGAAAACUUGGAAACUCAUGGACAAAGUGGUAAGACUGUGUCAAAAUCCCAAACUCCAGUUGAAAAAUAGCCCGCCAUAUAUACUUGAUAUUUUACCUGAUACUUACCAGCAUUUGCGGCUUAUAUUGAGUAAAUAUGAUGACAACCAAAAGCUUGCCCAACUGAGCGAGAAUGAAUAUUUCAAAAUCUACAUUGAUAGUCUAAUGAAAAAGUCAAAGCGAGCAAUAAGACUUUUCAAAGAAGGCAAGGAGAGGAUGUAUGAAGAACAGUCACAGGACAGGCGGAAACUCACGAAACUGUCCCUUAUCUUCAGUCACAUGCUGGCAGAAAUCAAAGCAAUAUUUCCCUCUGGUCAGUUCCAGGGAGAUAACUUCCGUAUCACAAAAGCAGAUGCUGCUGAGUUCUGGAGAAAGUUUUUUGGUGACAAAACGAUUGUGCCAUGGAAAGUAUUCAGACAGUGCCUCCAUGAAGUCCAUCAGAUUAGCUCUGGCCUAGAAGCGAUGGCCUUAAAAUCUACAAUUGAUUUAACUUUCAACGAUUACAUUUCAGUAUUUGAAUUUGAUAUUUUUACCAGGCUAUUUCAGCCAUGGGGCUCUAUUCUGCGGAAUUGGAAUUUCUUAGCUGUGACGCAUCCUGGGUACAUGGCAUUUCUCACUUAUGAUGAGGUUAAGGCGCGCCUGCAGAAAUACAGCACGAAACCCGGGAGCUAUAUUUUCCGACUGAGCUGCACUCGACUUGGGCAGUGGGCCAUUGGUUACGUGACGGGGGAUGGGAAUAUCCUGCAGACCAUUCCACACAACAAGCCCCUGUUCCAGGCCCUCAUUGACGGCAGCAGGGAAGGAUUUUAUCUUUAUCCCGAUGGGAGGAGUUAUAAUCCUGAUUUAACUGGAUUGUGUGAACCUACCCCCCAUGAUCACAUAAAAGUCACACAGGAACAGUAUGAAUUGUACUGUGAAAUGGGCUCCACUUUUCAGCUCUGUAAAAUUUGUGCAGAAAAUGACAAAGAUGUCAAGAUCGAGCCCUGUGGGCAUUUGAUGUGCACCUCUUGCCUGACUGCAUGGCAGGAGUCGGAUGGCCAGGGUUGCCCCUUCUGUCGUUGCGAGAUCAAAGGCACAGAGCCCAUAAUCGUGGACCCCUUUGAUCCCAGAGAUGAAGGCUCCCGGUGUUGCAGCAUCAUCGAUCCCUUUGGCAUGCCCAUGCUCGACUUGGAUGAUGAGGACGAUCGCGAGGAGUCUUUGAUGAUGAAUCGCCUGGCAAGUGUUCGCAAGUGCACUGACCGGCAGAACUCGCCAGUCACGUCCCCAGGAUCCUCUCCCCUCGCGCAAAGAAGAAAGCCCCAGCAGGACCCACUCCAGAUCCCACACCUCAGCCUGCCGCCCGUGCCUCCUCGCCUGGACUUGAUUCAGAAGGGCAUAGUCCGGUCUCCCUGUGGCAGCCCAACGGGCUCACCGAAGUCCUCUCCUUGCAUGGUGAGAAAACAAGAUAAACCACUCCCAGCACCCCCGCCUCCCUUAAGAGAGCCACCACCCCCUCCGCCUGAGCGACCUCCCCCCAUCCCGCCUGAGAACCGACUGAGCCGCCACCUGCAGCACGUGGACGGGGUGCCUUCCAGGGACCAGCCCAUGCCUCUGGAGGCCUGGUGCCCUCGCGAUGUGUUCGGGACCCAUCCAUCCUUGGGGUGUCGCAUCGUGGGGGAGGGCUCCCCGAAGCCUGGAAUCACAGCGAGCUCGAAUGUAAACGGGAGGCACAGUAGAAUGGGCUCCGACCCAGUGCUGAUGCGGAAGCACAGGCGCCACGACCUGCCUACUGAAGGAGCCAAGGUUCUCUCCAACGGUCACCUAGGAAAUGAAGAGUACGACAUCCCUCCUCGGCUUUCUCCUCCUCCUCCAGUUACCACCCUGCUCCCUAGCAUAAAGUGUACUGGUCCAUUAGCAAAUUCUCUUUCAGAGAAAACAAGAGACCCAGUAGCGGAAGGUGAUGACGAAUACAAGAUUCCUUCAUCCCAUCCAGUGCCCCUGAACUCACAGCCAUCUCAUUGUCAUAAUGUAAAACCUCCUGUUCGGUCGUGUGAUAAUGGCCAUUGUAUGCUGAACGGAGCUCAGGGUACCUCUCCAGAGAUGAGGAAGUCCAACCUGCCUGAAUUAGGCAUCUAUCUAAAGGGUGAAGAUGCUUUUGAUGCCCUCCCCCCGUCCCUCCCUCCUCCCCCACCUCCUGCAAGGCAUAGCCUCAUAGAACAUUCGAAACCUCCUGGCUCCAGUAGCCGACCAUCCUCAGGGCAGGACCUUUUCCUUCUUCCUUCAGAUCCAUUUUUUGAUCCAGCAAGCAGCCAAGUUCCUUUGCCUCCUGCUAGAAGAUUACCAGGAGAAAACGGCAAGCCCAGCAGAGCAUCGCAGGACUACGACCAGCUUCCUCCCUCAUCAGAUGGUUCACAAGCACCAGCCAGACCUCCCAAGCCAAGACCCCGCAGGACUGCACCAGAAAUCCACCACAGAAAGCCCCACGGGCCUGAGGCAGCACUGGAAAAUGUCGAUGCAAAAAUUGCGAAACUCAUGGGAGAGGGAUAUGCCUUUGAAGAGGUAAAGAGAGCCUUAGAGAUUGCCCAGAAUAAUGUCGAAGUGGCCCGCAGCAUCCUUCGAGAGUUUGCCAUCCCUCCUCCAGUCUCCCCGCGCCUAAAUCUAUAGCAGCCAGAACUAUAAAUGCCAGAAUGCAGAGCAGUUGACAAAUAUUCCGGGAGUGCGGAGAGAGCAGACUGCGAUGGAAUCCGAGGGAGCCACCUCCCCACGCAGCGUCUUGAGGAAGGAGCCCAGUGUUGCUCUGAAUGCCGCGUGCUGAGGACGUCGACACUGCGGCCCCUUGCGUUGCUAGCCAUACUUUUAAAUCAGGGUUGAACUGACAAAAAUAAUUUAAAGACGUUUACUUCCCUUGAAAAUUGAAUCUGUGAAAUGCUUUUCCUUGUUUACAAGUUGGCAAAGUUGCAGUCUGUGUUUUUGAUUCCUGUACUGUGCUAUUGACCGACCCUUGACAGAGCGGUCCGGUCUGCUGUAACAUUUCUCGUAACCAUAACCUCUAUUGCUGUCCACAUCAACAGCAAAAUCACCUCUUCAAGUUGAUCGCCGCCAUCUCCAUCCUUCCCCACCCCAGGUCCAAUGCCAUUUCUACCAUUUACAAAAUGCUUUAAAGGGUCUGACUUUCAACAUAUCAAACUAAUGCAAAAAACUAUGUGUAUGGUCUUCACUACUGAGUCUUUUCUUUGGAAACCAUCAUUUUUGAGAUGAGAAAAAACCUGAAUGUAUAAAACAUUUCGUUAAUAAACUGCCUUUUAUAAGGGGUUUUUACCUAAUAUAGAAGAGCUUGCCUUGGUAGUUUAAGUUUCAUAACUUUUAGUUUUCCACAGUAUCUCUCUCUCAUCCCAGGAGCACCAUGGCACUGCAAAAAUCUAAAAUACUAGAAAACAGCUACUACAGAUAUCAGAUUCACUUGCACAAGAAUAUACCCGAAUGGAGUUUUUGAAUGAGCUUCUCACAUAUUUAUAUCUGCCUUACUUUCAGGCAUGCUGAAUAAGAGGGCCCCCUCCCGACACGAAUACCCUUCAGCUAAGUCACAGACGCACUGUACCUUCUCCAAAGUCAAGUAGCGGUCUGUUCCUAUUGAGAGAUUAUACCGUACGCCACAGUUCUUAAGGGCUGCGGGAGCUGUUAUGGUGGAAACAGUCAGUCUUUGAUGCACUGUUAAGUGCCGAUGCUACUGUGGCAGUUGUGCUUUGGAGGCUUUUUUGGUUUUUGUGGGGCUUUGGGUUUUGUUGUUUUGUUUUUUAUAAAGUUCUUGGUAAUUUUCUCUCCAGUCAAAUUAGCAUUUGUAUUUAAUUCGCAGAAUCUCAUUAGUCCCCAUUGCUCCCUCCUCCAGUCAGGUGAGAGUAAUAUAUAGCUUUGCCUUUUUUGCAGAACUACAAUUGUUCCUUUAGCAACUGUGUUACUACUUUGAAUGAAUGUCUAAAUAUUAAUCAUGCCCCUACAGUGUCCUCUUGGCACUGUGUUUUAAAGCACAAACUCACGAGCUGAUCCCAGUAUCAUGUUUUAAAGAUGAAUUUUGAUGGCAAAAGUCUGUGGUGGACAAAACCUAGAAGGGUGGCACCAGAGCUUUAAAAUUUUCCAGAUACCUACUUUUUUUCUUUUCUUACUCCUAAUGAGAAUUUAGAGAAAUGAGACAAAACUCUGAAAAAUGCUUGAGCUUGCUGAACAUUUUCUAAGUAUGGAUUAAGUGUGAGUUUAUGCAUGUGUCAGCCACUCUUCACACCCAGUGUGAUGCAUUAGUUUGCGGUCAGGACUCAAGAGGACACAGCCGACAUCUGGCAGAUCUGGCAAAGUUGGUAUGCAAGGCUUGGGCUGACCCAGGGAGGGGAUGACAGCGUUUCUUUGCAAGGUGGCGUGUGCCUGUUUGUACAAUGCUAUGCUCAUGGGAGGUGAGGAUACUUGGGGAUAUGUGCAAGCCUUUAGUAAUUUUUGCACUUAAAUGAAUUUCUGUGAUUCUGAACUAGUUCUGUCCUUAAAGGGAAAUUUUAAAUUUGCAUUAUAUAUUCUUCCUGUGAGCAGGCCUGAGUGCAGUUUUUUGUACAUUGGGAACAGCGUUGGAUAAUUUUUUAUUGCUUUCUGAACUCCCAAGUUGUGUCGUCUUGAAUUUUCUUUUACUAGUUUUGAUGUCAUGUUGGCUUUAUUAUGAAUCGAUGAUGAUGGGUACAGGCUGAAAGCCAAAGUGUCACUGUGUUGUGAUAAUACUGCCAUGGCGUUCUUAGUGGAUGAGGGGAUGACGUAAGAAUGUCACAAAGCAGAGUAUGUUUUCAUUCAGUUUUCAUAUAAUACAUUGAAAUUUUCAGUGAGAAGUUAAGAAGAAAGGACUUGACAAUGUUGUAAAGUUGGACCAGAGUUCAGGGCAGGGAGACUAUUUGCAAACAUGAGUCUAGCCCCCGCCACAAACUCUGCAUCUUGUACUCAGUAGCAUAGCACUCAUUAAUCUUCUCUGUAACAAUAGUGAAUUGCAGAGUCAUACAGAAUAGAAUGGAAAGAGGCAAAUGUUCUCUCAAACACUGCCAUGAAAACUCAUAGCUGCAUAUUGCCUAUGACAUCACUCUCAAAAAGAAUAUUUUUAAAGAAAUAUUUAAACAAAAAUAUUUUUUCAUUAUAAAACUACCUAUUAGUGCUUGGAGACGACCCAGACCUGGCUUCACUGUGAUCCACAAAGUUAGACAUUUCUCCUCAUUCUCAACAUUUGCUGAAUGCCAUUCAUGGAUCUGAAGCCAAUAUUUAAAAUCUGCAAGAUGAAAAUCAUGGCCAAUAUUAAUCCUCAUCACUAAAUACGUUUAUCUUCAUGAAUAUUUCAGUAAAUUUAUGUCCAGUCUUGUUUUUCCCUUGAUAUCUGAUAUACUACAACCAUUUCUAGAGUAGAAACAUUUUCUGUUUAAUGUGAACCUCCCCAAUUUGACCUUCAGCUCGCCCCUGUCCACUUCCCCUUGCCCAUGCUGCAGACAGAUGUGGUAUAGACACAGCCUUCAGUGCAACUCCAAAGGGCCCCUUGCUAAUUCAGUGUUUCACACAGCAAGAACAGUUCCCAAAAGUUUCUUCAUAAUGUGAAUUUACUUAAUUUUUAAGUUCCAGAAGCAUUUCUUGUGUAUCACUUCUCAGAUUUUCAACUUGAAAUUUUAAUUUGCACUGAAUUACCUAAUCUGGUUUUAAAAUGUCUCUGUUGAAAUGACAGAUCUGGAAGCAAAUUACACUAUAUUUUAAAUAGUACAGGUACUACCUGUCAACCUGGAAUUUUAGUGCUUCUGGGAAGUUUCCAUAAAAAGCAAUAGAGUAAAGGGUUUCCUUUCCAGUUACUAUUAUGUUGUUUUAAUACUUUUUAAAAAAUGUGUCUAAAGUUGCAAAAUAGUUAUGUGUUCAAUUAAUUUAUAUUUUAUUCAUUCUUUUUCAAUUCUGUUUUUAUGUAACCAAGUAUUUUUUCUGUUCUU